AUGGCGGCUUAUGGACAGACACAGUACAGCCCUGCUAUCCAGCCCGCGGGACCCUACACACCGUACACACACCAUAGUCAGUCCUACAGCAUGCCCUCCUACAACAUUAAAACAGAGGAUGGUCUGAGCCAUUCCCCGGGACAGAGUGGUUUGCUUGGCUAUACAUCCAAUUUCAGCAGCACCCCACCCAGCCAAGCUCUCUACAGCUACUCUACACACGGCGGCAGUAUUUCUUCUGGAAUUUUCCAGGGAGCCAAUGCCAUCACCGGUUCAAUGCCAUUUAGUCCUGCACAGCAGGAUUUCUCUACGUAUUCCAGCUACAGCCAAAGCCAGUACUCUCCCUACUACAACACGCAUUACAACAGCCCAUACCUCACGACCAAUAAUAUCAGCCCCACAGCUAUUACCACAGCUAUACCCUAUCAGCAUCCAGAACACCCUGUGGUGACAGCCAAUCACAGUCCAGAAUCUCACACAGCAGAUUACCACACGCCACCCAGUCCACCGACCCCAGGGAAAGAGCAGGAAGGAGUUCCAGCCAGACGCGGCUCAGACGGGAAGCUGCGUGGCAGGAAGAGGACUAAUGACCCCGUUCCUCCGCUAGACUCGGACAUCGAGAGGGUGUUCAUUUGGGAUCUGGAUGAGACACUGAUCAUUUUCCACUCACUUCUCACGGGGACAUUUUCCACACGUUUCAGCAAGGACUCGGCCAAGGCUGUGUCUCUGGGUCUGUGGAUGGAGGAAAUGAUCUUUAACUUGGCCGACUCACGACUUUUCUUCAAUGAUCUGGAGGAAUGUGACCAAGUCCACAUCGACGACGUAGCCUCAGAUGACAAUGGGCAGGACUUGAGCACUUAUAACUUUGGCACAGAUGGCUUCCAGAGCCCUAGUGGUGGGGGCACACUGUGUUUGGGAUCAGGGGUCCACGGUGGAGUGGACUGGAUGAGGAAGCUGGCUUUCCGCUACCGACGGGUAAAAGAGAUCUACAACACCUACAAGAACAAUGUUGGAGGUUUGUUGGGCAGUCCCAAGCGGGAAGAGUGGCUACAGCUUAGACGGGAAGUGGAGGUUUUGACAGACUUGUGGCUUACUCAAGCCCUGAAAGCUUUAGCUCUCAUUAACAGCAGACCAAACUGUGUGAAUGUAAUGGUAACCACCACACAGUUAAUCCCAGCUCUGUCCAAAGUGCUGCUAUAUGGUCUGGGAGCUGCUUUCCCUAUCGAAAACAUCUACAGUGCUACUAAAACAGGCAAGGAGAGUUGUUUUGAACGUGUGACGCAGCGGUUUGGACGGAGAGCUGUGUACGUGGUCAUAGGAGAUGGUGUAGAGGAGGAAGCAGUGGCCAAGAAGAAGAAUAUGCCGUUUUGGCGAGUCACAUGCAGAGCAGACCUGGAGGCCCUUAGCCAUGCACUGGAGCUAGACUACCUCUAG